AUGCGUUCCACACUCCUCACCCUCGGCCUGGUCGCGAUGUCCGUCUCAGCCCAAAAGGAUAACGGCCAAAAGGACGACCAAAAGGGCGCAGUCCCACAAUGGACAACCGACAACCCCAACCCAGCCUGCGAAAACGACUACAACACCUGCAUCAGCAACCCCUCCAACCGCCACGACCAAUGCGAAUGCCUCCACCAAGCCUGCCAAAACAACGACUCCAACGGCCCAUCCCACUGCGCCCAAGUCCUCAACCUCCCCGCCUCCCUCGCCGCCGGUCCUCUCCCAAAUCAAUACAAGCCCACCUCCGGCAUCUCCCCCAUCCCCAACCAGCCCAUGCCAACCACCACCGCCCCCAACGGCGACAACAUCAUCGUCGGCACCCUCGGCCCAGCCCCCGGCGGCGGCAGCCCCAUCGCUGCUCCCGCAAACUCCAUCCCACUCGGCCAACCCUGCUCCGACGACCGCCAGUGCGCCGGGCAAGGCGUCGCCUGCUUCGGCCAAACCUCCGGCACAAUCCCCUCUUGCGGCUCCUUCAACGCCCCCUGCCAACGCGACGAUCAGUGCGCGUACAACACCUGCGACCAGAAAAUCCACCUUUGCGCCGGUUUCCUUCCCAGCCAGAGUCAACUCGCCAACCGACCCGCUGCAACUACCGGUCAUGUGGCAGGCGUACCCACUGGAACUCCUCCCGGAAAUGGAACUCCGGGUGAAGCAACGGCGCCGAUGACCACGACGACGGUGGUGCGUCCCGAGUUGAGCGGCAGCUUGGGACCGAAUUAUGUUCCUACUGCGAAUGGCACGUUGGUGGGCACCAUGACGGGACCGGGUGGUGCGAGAGCGACGGUUAGUGGGAUCCGCGGGAAUGCGACGACGUCGGCGAAACCGGGAGUUAGUACGGGUGGUGCGAGCAGUAUGGGUGUUUUCAGCGGUGUGGCGGCUGUUGGCUUUGGGAUUUUGGCAUGGGUUGUUUAG